ACACACACACACACACACACACACACACACACACACACACACACACACACGCGCGCCAGGAGGCAUACACAAGGGCAUUCAUCAGUCCUCCACCUCCCCUCCCAGCCUUUGCCUCCUCCUCCUCCUCCUCUGGCUGCGGCUGGCGAGGACACGUCAAGGGAAAUAAAUAAAUAAAUAAAUCCAUUCACCCUGUGACAGCGAAAAGAACCGGCUGCGGCAGGGGGGCACGCACAGAGCCGAGAGCCCACCCACUCACCCCGAGCUAGAGACCAGGUAAAGUCAUUCCGAUGAUCACAGGUUUUCCUUCUGUUAUAUUUUGUACUGGUGAUUUAGCAUAGAUCCAAGCUUCCAGUUUUGCACCCCAGGUCUUCUCUACUCUUGUGGGAUCUCACCGAGAGCACAAGGAUGCAUGCAAGGAAAGACAAGGCCUUUAACCUAGUGCAAUGCUGGCCUAUGAAGCACAUUCAAGCUGAAUCUUGGAACAGAACAGGCUGCUUGUGCCUAGAGAGCUAAUCUCUUUGAGCAGCUGAGAAAAGUGGCAGUCUCUGGAGAGCUCCCUUUGUUCAGGUAUUUGAGUCACAGAAAAGGACACCAAAAUGCCACCAGCAGCAAGUGGUCCACCUCAGUAUCCACCCCCAGAUGGAGGAUGGGGCUGGGUUGUAGUCCUUGGAGCCUUCAUUUCCAUUGGAUUUUCCUAUGCAUUUCCCAAAGCCAUCACAGUGUUCUUCAAGGAAAUUCAGGAGAUAUUCCACACUACCUACAGUGAGAUAGCAUGGAUAUCAUCCAUUAUGCUUGCCGUUAUGUAUGCAGGAGGUCCAAUAAGCAGCAUUUUGGUGAACAAAUAUGGCAGUCGGCCAGUAAUGAUAGCAGGAGGUAUACUAUGUUCUGUGGGAAUGAUUUCUGCUUCUUUUUGUAAUAGUGUAAUACAACUUUACCUCUGUGUGGGAUUUGUUGGAGGUUUGGGCUUAGCUUUCAACCUACAACCUGCCUUAACCAUGAUUGGCAAGUACUUUUACAAGAAAAGACCCAUUGCUAAUGGAUUGGCCAUGGCUGGAAGUCCUGUGUUCUUAAGUACCCUGGCACCUUUCAAUCAAUUCCUUUUCAAUCAGUUUGGAUGGAAAGGGAGCUUCUUGAUUUUAGGAGGGCUCCUUUUGAACUGUUGCGUGGCUGGGUCACUCAUGAGACCUCUUGGACCCAAACAAGCACCUGCUAAAAAAGAUGCUGAGAAAGCAGUGGGAGAUGUAGCUUUACAGAAAAACAAGAAGAAAUCAGCAUGUGAAACCAUCAAUAAAUAUUUAGACCUGUCCCUUUUCAAACACAGAGGGUUCCUCAUUUACCUAUCAGGAAAUGUCAUCAUGUUUGUUGGGUUUUUUGCACCAAUUGUGUUCCUGGCACCGUAUGCAAAAAACAAGGGAAUUGAUGAAUAUUCUGCUGCUCUCUUGCUGUCUAUCCUGGCCUUUGUAGAUAUGUUUGCUCGGCCUUCUAUGGGUCUAGUAGCAAACACCAAGCUGAUUCGGCCUCGUAUCCAGUACUUCUUCAGUUUUGCAGUCUUGUAUAAUGGCAUCUGUCAUCUCUUGUGCCCUCUGGCAGAGAGCUACACUGGCCUAGUGGUAUACUCUGUAUUUUUUGGCUUUUCCUUUGGCAUGGUCAGCAGUGUCCUCUUUGAAACCCUCAUGGACCUUGUUGGUCCCACAAGGUUUUCCAGUGCAGUUGGACUUGUCACCAUUGUGGAAUGCUGCCCCGUUCUUAUUGGCCCUCCAUUAGCAGGUAAACUGGUGGAUGAAACUGGAGAAUAUAAGUACAUGUAUUUUUGCUGUGGGGUGAUUGUUACUAUAGCUAGCAUAUGGCUGUUUAUUGGAAAUGCUAUCAACUAUAGGAUGGUGGCAAAGGAAAAAAUUAUGGAAGAAGAAAAACAGAAAGCCCUAAACCAUGCUGACUCCAAGGAAGUGGAGCCUUUGACCAACAAUGAAAAUGAUGACGUUUCUGCCAGAGCUACCAAAGUACUUGAUGAUCCCUCAGAAAGAGAAACAAAUAUUUAAUGGAAAUCAUCACUCAGAUGUCAGUUUCCAACUUCCCUUAAAAUAUAGGGCAGUGGGUUUUUUUUGUUUGUUUGUUAUUGACGGAGAUAGAAUUUUGUUCAAUGACAAGAUUCUAAUCUGUUUAUUAUCAACAUUUUUUUUCUUUAUGUGACUGUGGUGGUGGUGAGAUUUUUGUUAUUGUUGAGUUGCAAACAUACAAAGGAGUCCAGUCUCAUCUGUGACUCUGAACCCUUUGGGUAAGGUAUUGAUUUAAAGUCUUCCAGUGACAAGUGAACUUGGUCACAAAUCUAGAAUUAAAUUCUCAUUACUAUAUUAUCUGCUUCAUGUGCUACAGGAAAAUAUGUCUGAAUCCUCAGGAUGAUCAUUAUUCCCGUGGAUCUCUCCUCUCCACAGUGUUUUUAUUUUUAUUUUUUUUAAUGCUUGACAUACAAGAAUGGAAUUGACUAAAGGAGGGGAAAGUCUGCUACAAAGAUUAUUGAGGAUAAAACCAACAUGACACCUACAUACAAAGCAACCAAGAAGAUGCUAUUUGUAGGACUUUUUGUUUGUUUUUAUAAAAUACAGUAUGCCCAAGGGGACAAAAUGGAUGUAUUAUUUUUGCAUUAACCUUUGCAGUAUGGAUGUUAAAAUCAGAAGUUGAAAUGUGUAGGUCUUUAUUCUAAAUGCAAUUAAUGGUUGACUAAGGGAUAAUGUGUGUGUGUGUUCACAUGCACACACUGAUAUUCAUAUAUAGUAACCUUUGUGAAAAGUGAAGAAAUUGAUAUGUUAAAACAACUACUUUUGAGCCCAUAUGAUUAAUCCAAAUGUUUUAAUGACAGUUGAUUGAAUAUGACCUAAAGAAACAUAUCUUAUCUUUUAAGAUGUUUAGUCAUUAAAAUACCCCAAAUAAAGGUAUCAGAAGAGACAAGAAUAAAGGAAAAUGGUUAAGAAUCAGCUAAAGCAAUAUAUUUAAAACAGAUUUAGGUCUGUAAUGACAAGAGGAAACAAGGAUCUCUGUUGAAUAUACUACUAAUAUCAGAUUAGAGUUUUAUUUUUUAUUUUUUGACAAAUCUAUUGACAACAUAUAGUAUAACCAGCUGGCCCUCUUGUUGACAGAUCUUCAUGGAAGCUAAAUUCUAGCUUUCCCCUAUCCCUAGAUGGAGUGUCUACAUUAAAGAUGAGCAAUCUGAUUGGCCCUACUGUGGGUCCAAUCCACUGGGUCUUCCCAGUAUCCUAGGCACAAAGGUAGCUAACCUCAAAAGCCUAAACAUGAUAGUACUGGAAAAUUCAAAUCCUGCAGCCAUCAGACUCACACAGCUUGUGGAGGCAACUGAAAGGGUCAAGUUGGGUUUUGAUCAUUUUAAUUGUUCCAUUUUAAUAUUAUAGACAUAGAAUAUAAUGAUGAGAAGCUUGUGUUGCUGCUGUUCAAAUUUAGGGACCAGUUUCUCAUCUUUGAACCCUUGUAAAAUUUCAGGAAAUAUAUAAUAGCAUUUUAAGGAAAAUUGGAUCUUACCCUUGUUCUUUCAUAGUCUCUAAAAUGAUUUAAAAAGAAACAUUUUAAAUUAGGAAAAUAUUAAUAACAGGGCAAUUUCAGUUUUAAAUAUUGACUUAUAUAGAUCUGAAAUUUAGCUUAGUAUUAUACUUAAUAAGAUAUUUUAUGCUUUCUUACUGGGAUGAAAUGACCCUAAUGAUGUCAAAUGGAAUUUUCUUUCUUGCUACUGUUUUUUCCUUUCUUUCUUCCUUCCUUCCUUCCUUCCUUCCUUCCUUCCUUCCUUCCUUCCUUCCUUCCUUCCUUCCUUUCUUUCUUCCUUUCUUUC